AUGGCCGCCGAGAACUACUGGAGGUACGCCGACGCGCGGCAGCAGCAGCAGGCGAUGGUGGCCGCCGCGGCGGCCGCGGCGGGGAUGGCCCCCGGGGCGACCGUCGCCGCGGCCCAGACGGUCGGUAGCGCGGCUGCUGCCAUGAACCAGCAGGCCGCCGCCGCCGCCAUGGCACAACAGGCUGCUGCCGCCGCGCCGCCGCUCAAGCGUUCGCGCCCCGACUUCGGAGAUGUGUCUGGUGGACAAGACAUGACAGGAUAUUAUCCACGUGAAACAGACAGGGCAGGAUACCAUUCCCUUAGAGAUAACGACGCAAUUGGAGCAUCUUAUGACCGUUACUUGCGCAAUGGGAUGGCCUCCGUCGGUGCCAAUGACACUACUAGGGCUGCAGGGAUGGGUGCUGGAAUGGCUGCUGGGAUGGGUGCAGGGAUGGGUGCUGGAAUGGGUGCAGCGAUGGGUGCUGGGAUGGCUGGCUAUGGUGUUGAUGAUCGGCGUAUGAUGGGUGUUGGGAUGGGAUAUGGUGGCCGACCUGAGCCACCUCUUCCGCCGGAUGCAUCACCCACUCUGUAUAUUGAGGGCUUACCUGCAAACUGCACACGACGGGAGGUUUCACAUAUAUUUCGCCCAUUUGUUGGUUUUCGUGAAGUGCGUCUUGUCAACAAGGAGUCCAGACAUCCUGGUGGAGAUCCACAUGUGUUGUGUUUCGUCGAUUUUGACAACGCUGCUCAGGCUACAAUUGCUCUUGAAGCAUUGCAAGGUUAUAAGUUUGACGGGCACGAUCGUGACUCAGCCCAUUUGCGGCUGCAAUUCUCACGCUUUCCUGGUCCAAGGUCAGCUGGCGGGCCUCGCGUUAGUGUGAACUGCAUUGGAGCUUUGGGGUAUCUGUUGUAUUUUGUGAGAAAUAACACAAUAACUGAUAGAUUUGAUCAAGAUGUGAAGUUAAGGAAUGUGAUACGUUCUGGGAUGGAGGCGCAGGACGAAUGGGAAGCCGCCAUUGAUUACUUGCCUAGAUUGCAAGGCAAAUUGUUAGAGUUAAGGUUCAAGGAGCCAUGGUCGACUGUUCAAAACUUCUACAUGGCCCGGACACAGGAUUUACUCCAUCGUGGUGGAUGCCGUUGGAGUCGAAGAGGCAACCAACAGAGCGUGGACGUUGGUGAAUGUGGGCUCGAUGCGGAGCCUGAGCUUAGUUUAGUGCCUGUAGAUAGUGGCAUUCUAGAACAGCCACAGGGACAUGUCGUUAAUUGGGAUGAAUUACGGAUUGAGGAAAGGCAAGAUAAUGAAGGGGAAGGAAGGAAAAGGAAGCCUAGGACAAAUACAACCAAGUAUGGGAAGAAUGGUAACAAGAAAACUAAAAAAGCUGCUGAAAAUACUCCUGUCCAAUCUAAAAAUGCUGUUGUCCAUGCUGAAAAUACUGCUGUCCAGCCAGAAAAUGCCACUAAAAAUACUCCUGUACAGGCUCAAAAUGUUGUCGUCCAUGCUGAAAAUACUCCUGUAUAUGCUGAAAAUAUUGCCACGGCUAAGGCCAAUAUUUUGUCAACAAGUCCAGAAAGGUUGACUAGAAGCUGGCUUGCUGUACUACUUGGAGAAGGGCCAAGUACAUUGCUAAAUCAUUUAUCGCCAAACAAGUAG